UUUGGGUCUUCAGUUUUCGGCUCACAUUCAAUUUGGUUGGACUUCAGUUAACGGUGCAAAAGUAGCGUGUCGUGUUUUGUUGGACUUACUUUUUAUCUUGUUAUCUCUCUGCGCAACAGACCAUCGUCUAUACAAGGCUGAGCCCGCGGCCGGCCAAGGAUAUAAACAGUUAUUCCAUGCGAACAUAAGCAAGACAAUCAACAGUCAUGAAGUUAGCGUGGAUGUUUUGCCUACUCCUUGCGGGAAAGCUUUCCCUGGCUACCCCAGGAGAAGAGAGGGCCGCAGCAGAGGCCAAUUUGGUAAAACAUGCGCAACUAUCCGGUAUUCUCUCGACAUUUUUACCUGAUCCUCAGGGUUCCGGUUACAUGAUGGCCUUCCCCAUGAAUGACGAUCAAGUGGCGGAAGAAAGCGCCCAGGAGGCAGUCAAAAUCCUCGCAGAAUCUUUGGCCUCAGAUGACAAUGAUGAUGACGACGAUGAUGAUGACGAACCCGCAGACGAACAAGAGAAGAAAUCCGACGACACAACGGUUGAAGAUGCCAAAAAUGAACAAACAGAGCAACCUGAACCUAUGGGUAUUCUUCAAGCUGAACUCGCAGCGGAGGAGGCAGAAAAGCCAACUUUGCCACAAAGACCUUUCUUCAAAAGACCAAAAAUUGAAGAACUAAGGAAAAUCUUAGGUUUCCCUCCUCCAGAAGGUCCAGCUGCUAAAUCCAAACCCAUUCCUCAGGAGAAACCUAAGGUAUUCCAAAACAUGUUUAACAAACCUAAACCAAAAAUUGAACAAUCACCACUUGGCGGACUUCAGUUUAAUUUGAGAAGAGAGGACCGAUUGCGGCCUUUCGGUUUCCCUAUGCUUCCUCUGAAAAGGGAUGACAGUUUCAGGCCCUUUGGAUUUCCUGAUCUCGUCCAAGCUGCUUCAAGCAUUCUUAGAAGAGCAAUACUAGAUGACAACAAUGAAAAUGAUAUAAGUAAAGAUGAUAAAGAAGAAGAACAAAAUAUUAAUGAGACUGGUCCAGAAGAAAAUGAAGAGGAAGAUGAUGAUGAAGAUUCCCUCAUGAUUGUUCCAAUUCCUGAGCCAAAGGAAGUUACUAUUGAGAGACCACCAUUAUUCCGCCGAUUCCCUAUCCCCUUCCCUUUCCCUGUAACUAAACCAAUGCCACAAAGCAGGCCUCGUCUUCCUUUCCCUCCUCUAACACCAGUGGCUUUCUUCCUCCCCAUAGCUCAACAAAUAAUGCAAAACAUUCGUCAUGCCCAACCUAGAUCCCAACCUCCUAUGGUCCCAUUAUCUCACAUGCAUCCCAUGCAAAAUCUAAUACCAAUACAGACGCAGAUUCCGAUAGUUCCUAUUCAUCAUCCAAUGCAAAUGCAGCAAACCCAACAACAGCAACAGAUUAUUCCCCUCCACCAUCCUAUGAUUCCCGUACAACAACCUAUCCAACAAAUUGUUCCUUUCUUCCCUAUGCCUCAAGCCGCUUUCCAUGUACCAAUACUAACACCUCUUCCACCUAACAUGCAACGUCCAAUGAUGCGCCAAAUGCCGCGAAGAAUGCCCAUGCAUGCACCACCUCCACCUCAAGUUCCCCGAAGAUUACCCUUCCCUAGUCCAAUGAGUCGUAUGGCAGGUCAUCAACCACACCACCCCCUUCAACCACAAAUUAUUAAUCCCAUGGUCAGAAGACCAAUGCAAGCUUCCCCUAAUACCCGUCCUAUGCCGCGAGUGGUCCGCCCACCCAUGCCUCCUGUUCACCCAGUCUUUUUUAUGAUGGCACCGAUUCCAGUUCCUAAUAUACAUGUGCCAAUCGCACAAGCACAGCAGCAAGUGCCAGUGUAUCACAGGCCCCAGAAUGUGCCUUUCCUCCCACAACACAUGACAUUAAUUCCCCAGCAACGUCCACAUUUGCAGCCUAUGCAAACAUCAGAAGAAGAACGCGUCAUAUUCCUCAGGCCAGAACAAGAAGAUCAGGAUGAUGACCAGGAAGUUCUAAUCCUUGUACCUAGCGAUGAAGUAGAAGUCGCUCAAAGACCACCAGUUAUGCCACCACAGUUUAUGAGACAGAUGCCAACACCUGUGAUCAGUCCUCUUCAGAGGAUCAAGCUAUUACGCGACCUCCUAAUGGCCCGACAAGCAAACCGACAAACUAUGUCUCCUCAAAGUCGAGCCUCAAGAGUGGUCGAGAUUGUACAACAGCAACUCCGAAUAUUUCCUGCUCAUCAUCCACAAGCUCAUCUUCCUCAACCUCAAAGAGCAGAUUCAAGUGAGUUGCACCCGGUAUAUGUUCCUUAUCCCGGAGCUCAGUAAAGAAGGAGAAGUGGGACAUCUCCUUCCAUUUGGACUCAUUAGUGCAUCGAGUACAUAAAAAAAUUUCCAUCUGUCGUGACAUCAUUUGAAUAUUGGCUCAUCGCGGAUUAAUUUGGCAGCAGGGAUGUCAGAUUAAUUUAUGUGACUUAUUGUUCUCGACAAAAACGUAAGAUCUCACUUUUAAUUUUAAAUGUUAUUACCUGUUUAAUUGUCUGUGAAGAAAAUAGGUAAAAUGCAGGUUCGGUUUUAUCAGAGUCAGCGAUAAAACGAGGAUAAUAAAUAUCUAAUUUAUCUGUCAUGCAAAGUAGGCCUUCACAAUUGAAAAGAGAAAAAAACUGAGUAAACAAAUUAAAAAAAAAAAAAAAAAAGAAAAUGAAAAGAGUAAUCAUGGAAGACCACAUUGAAGGUUGUUGUUUACAAAAAUAUUGUGAUCUGGCAUCCCUGUUCAACGGAACUUAAUGAUUGGUGGACGAAAAUUGCUUUCCGAGCUGUAAAAGAAAAAUUUUAUUUCUUUACAAGAAAGCGGGAAAGAAAAUUGUAAAAUAUUUAAGACAUAAAUCAUUGUUUAUAUUUUCCUCAUAUGUAUAUAAUUAUAUAUAUAGCUAUAAUAUUAACUAAUCAGCUUUAAUUUAAGGUUUUGAAAUUAUACGAUUUAAUAAUCAAAUUAGUUACAUCAAUUUUUGUCUCUAUCACAGGAAAACGGUUAUUCACUGGCUUAUAUUGUAAAAUAAGCGAGUAAUAGUCGCAGUUUUCUCCACCUACAAGUAAUCAUUAAGUUUCGUAAAAUGUAAAAUUCUGUACGGUGCAAUACCUUUUGUAAAAUAUUGAAUUCAGUACCACUCAGUAUUAUAAUAAUGAAAAUAUAUCAACUGCAAAAUUUGAACUUUAAAAUUUAAAUCGACAGAUAUAUUGGCAUAAAUGUAAAACUUCAGUAAAAAAAAAAAAGAAAAUUUUACUUGGUUGGAUGUCUGUAAAAAGAAUAAAGUAACGCACAUUUAACAGCUUGAUUGUGUAUAGGCCUAUACCCUAACUAAUGAAGGUUAGUGGUUCAAAAUGUACAAAGAAUAAUAAAUGCUUUAUAAAAUUGAUUUUCGUAUUUCGCAGUUAUUGUACAACCAAGAAUGAUUUGUAAAUUUCUUUUCAUAAAUAAUUCAGCGUAGAAAUAAUUUUUAAAUAAAUGUAUUUGUAAAAUAAAAACUUUGUUUUAA